AUGGCCAGUUCCCAUUUGAAAUCCAAGACGAACAACGUUGUGGCGAGUGCAGCAGGAGGAUUUUCCCAACAGACAAGCCCUCCUGGUUAUGGUGUGUCGCAAUCAGGAAACCGACCAGCUGCAUACAGCUCAACACCUGUCAUCGCAACUACGUUGGAGAGAAAACUUCCUCCAUCUGGCCGACCCGCGAUUAUAUGCCGACUCUAG